CAGUGCGGUGGCGUACCCGCAAAUUGUAAGGACGCAAAACUCCUUACUAUUGCAGAUGAAAUUGACGAGACUUUAUUUCGAGGACUUUCACCUGAUAUUCUUAAGGAAGAAGAAUUUGAAGAACUCCUUAGCAAUCAAUACGUAACUAUGCAUGUCAUUAAUAAUUGCCAAUACGGGCUAAAAGUUUUGUUUGCCCUACUGGUGCACCAUAAUCCGGACAAG